UCCUAAUUUCUAGACGCCCGAAAAGCUUACCUCAAUUUCCCCAUAGUUAUCACUCGUCUCUCAAUCGACCUCUCUCAACCGAUCACCAUAUGGCGGAGAAGAGCUUCAAGUACGUGAUCCUCGGUGGCGGCGUGGCCGCUGGUUAUGCCGCAAGGGAAUUUGCGAAACAGGGAGUUAAGCCUGGCGAGCUUGCGAUUAUUUCCAAGGAGUUGGUUGCUCCUUAUGAACGUCCAGCUCUUAGCAAGGCGUACCUAUUUCCUGAAUCACCUGCAAGACUUCCAGGGUUUCAUGUUUGCGUUGGAAGUGGAGGAGAGAGGCUGCUCCCUGAGUGGUAUGCCGAGAAAGGAAUUGCGUUGAUCCUUGGGACAGAAAUAGUGAAGGCAGAUCUUGCUUCAAAGACUCUCAUCAGUGCUGCUGGAGAAUCUUUCAAAUAUCAUGUUUUGAUCAUUGCAACUGGUUCCUCUGUUAUAAAGUUGACAGACUUUGGGGUACAAGGAGCUGAUUCCAAAAACAUCUGCUACUUGAGAGAAGUUGAUGAUGCUGAUAAACUUGUCGAAAUAAUUAAGCAAAAGAAAAAUGGCAAGGUUGUGAUUGUUGGAGGAGGAUACAUAGGUCUUGAGCUGAGUGCGGUGAUGAAAUUAAACAAUCUUGAUGUCUGUAUGGUUUACCCAGAACCCUGGUGCAUGCCUCGGCUUUUCACGGCAGGUAUAGCUGCUUUCUAUGAAGGUUACUAUGCAAAUAAGGGAAUUAAAAUAAUUAAGGGAACUGUUGCUGUUGGGUUUACGUCUGAUGCAAAUGGAGAGGUUAAGGAAGUAAAACUCAAGGAUGGUAGGGUGCUGGAAGCAGACAUCGUUGUUGUUGGCGUUGGAGGUAGACCUCUUACCGGGUUAUUCAAAGGACAGGUUGAAGAGGAGAAAGGUGGAAUCAAGACUGACAGCUCCUUCAAAUCAAGCGUGCCUGAUGUAUAUGCUGUGGGGGAUGUUGCUACUUUCCCAAUGAAAAUAUACAAUGAGAUGAGAAGGGUUGAACAUGUUGACCACGCUCGUAAAUCUGCUGAACAUGCUGUGAAGGCAAUCUUUGCAAGUGAAAGAGGGAAGUCAUUCGAGGAGUACGACUACCUUCCGUUCUUCUACUCUCGUUCCUUCAACCUGUCAUGGCAGUUCUAUGGCGAUAAUGUUGGCGAAACUGUGCUAUUCGGAGACAACAGCCCAACAUCUGAAAAUCCCAAAUUCGGAACGUAUUGGAUCAAAGAAGGGAAGAUAGUGGGUGUCUUUCUGGAGAGUGGGACACCGGAAGAAAACAAGGCUAUCGCCAAGGUCGCAAGGGUCCAACCCCCGGCUGAGAGUUUGGACCAAUUAGCAAAAGAGGGUCUUACCUUUGCAUGCAAGAUUUGAAGUUUCAUGAAAAAAAAUAGAGAGGAGGAAAAUGUUUCCGUAAUUUGCGCAUGGAUUUUUACUACUCGCUGAACCUGGUGGUCUUGAUGUGUCACUAUGAACUGAUGGUUUGUUAUGAACUGAUGGUUUCCUCUCAAGUGUCACUAUGAACUGAUGGUUUCUUA